GAGCCCGGGAAAUGGGGCGGCCUCUUUAGGAUCCGCUACUCGCGGGGCGGCGGCGGGAUUGAUGGACGAGGUGAGGCGAGGCCACGGCGGAGAGGAGCGAGGCUGGGCGAGGAGGGGAGAAGAGAAGCGAGGCUCCUCACUACAGCACAAUGUCUGAUCCCUGUGUAGAGCAAAAGUGAACCUGAGUGAAAGGGGGGAACUUCCCCUUACCAUCACAGACAGAAUGACCAAGAUGAGACUCUUGAGACUUUGGAUUGUCCUGGGAUCUGUCUUUAUGAUCCUUUUGAUCAUUGUUUACUGGGACAAUGUGGGUACAGCUCACUUCUACUUACACACAUCAUUUUCCAGACCUCAUCCUCCAGGGGCUCUCCCUACCACUGGAAAGGAUGAAGAGAGAGAAUUUGUAUCAGAUGUAGAUGAAUUUCUAGAUAAACUCCUUAGUUCUAGUGGGAGACAGAAUGACCCCUUAUGGAAAAAGACUGAACAGCCUCCUCUUCCUGGCUCCAGUAAACCUAUUCUGGGCAAUAUGGAAGAGAAUGUAAGAGGUUAUGAUUGGUCUACUCAUGAUGCUAAGCAGAACCCAGAUCAGGAAAAGCUUCAGGCAGAGAGGAGAAAUAUGUUGCGGGAAUUUUGUGCCAACUCCAGCUUGGUCUUUCCUACUAAGAAUCGUUCUUUUGAUGAUAUUCCCAAUUAUGAAUUGAAUCACCUAAUUGUGGAUGACCGCCAUGGAAUCAUUUAUUGCUAUGUGCCAAAGGUGGCCUGUACCAAUUGGAAACGAGUAAUGAUUGUUCUAAGUGAGAGCCUCCUGGAUCAGGGAAUCCCAUAUAAAGAUCCUUUAGACAUUCCCCGGGAACAUGUCCACAACACCAGUACUCAUCUCACUUUCAAUAAAUUCUGGAGGCGGUAUGGGAAAUUUUCACGUCACCUCAUGAAGAUUAAGCUGAAGAAGUAUACCAAAUUCUUGUUUGUUCGUGACCCCUUUGUGCGUCUCAUCUCAGCCUUUCGGAGCAAGUUUGAGCUGGAGAAUGAUGAAUUCUAUAGGAGAUUUGCAGUUCCCAUGCUGAAAUUGUAUUCUAACCACACUAGCCUCCCCACCUCUGUCAGUGAGGCCUUCAGUGCUGGCUUGAAGGUCUCAUUUUCUGACUUUAUUCAGUACUUACUUGACCCACGGACAGAAAAGCUGGCUCCCUUCAAUGAGCAUUGGAGACAGGUGUACCGCCUGUGCCACCCUUGCCAGAUUGACUAUGACUUUGUGGGGAAGCUAGAGACCCUGGAUGAAGAUGCAGCUCAACUGUUGCAACUUCUCAAAGUGGACAAACAGCUUCAUUUCCCCCCUAGUUAUCGGAAUAGGACUGCUAGUAGCUGGGAGGAAGAUUGGUUUGCCAAAAUCCCUUUAGCCUGGAGACAACAGCUUUAUAAGCUUUAUGAGGCUGACUUUGUUCUCUUUGGUUACCCCAAGCCUGAAAACCUACUUAAAGAUUAAGCAAUAUGAGGAAAGUCCCCUAAACCAAAAAACUUGUAUUUUUAUUUAAAAAAAAAAUUAAAGUUCUUUUGUAUCAUGAUUUUUUUUUUCUCACUGAAGACAGACCUUAAUUAAGUAUCAUGGCUAUUAAUUUUUUUCCCCUUCUGCUUUUCCCUCCCUGUUUGCUCCUUUUCCAGAUUGCCCCUACCAGUAGAGUCACAGAAAAGACUGGAAUUGACUGCAAACAAUGUAAUUUUUAUUUUUUAAUAACUUGGGACUUUGCCAUCUGGACACACACAUUCUUUACUCCAUUGCCUGUGUUCUUUGAAUUACUUUGUUAAUAUUGUUUUUUAAAUUAAUAUAUUUCAGAUAUUUAAUAUGAAAUAUGGAAAAUGAAACGAUGGAGUAAAAUAUCAUGUUAACUUU